UCAAAAUCAGAUGGCUUCACUAAGAUGCAGCCUUCUGAUUGAGAAGCACACUGAAGUGCCAGUGCAGAAGGAAAAUAUUAGAUGCAAGCAUCCAGUUUUUAAGAUAAUAAUCAGAUAUUAGUUUGCUAUCUGCAAGCAGAAAGCGUUUGACUACAAAAAAGUAGUUUAAGACUGGGUGAUACAGAUUUGAAAGACAAUGGAGCUGAAAAUUUACGUUUUACUUCAUGAAUCUGAAAGUUGAAGUUGCCAGUUUUACUGAAAAUUUGUUGUUAUUGUCCUUUUAAAGAUAAUUACCAGAUAAAGGUCUUAAAUCAGGAGAAAGAGGAGGGGAACAUACCUGAAAAAUGAGUCACUGUGUGGAGAGAGAGGACGACAGCAAGGAGAAUGAAGAGUAUGGCACAGAAUCCAGCUGUGUGUCAAUGAAGAGCGAUCGAUCCAUGCGCAACCCCAAUAAUUUCAGUGAUGGAGCAGUGACCUCUGAACCCAGAUCUGUGCCGUCCUCUACAUUCCACUAUCAGACCAACAUUAGGGAGGACAAAACUGAAGCAGUCCUGCAGAAACAUACACCAGACACUGGAGACCUGCAUAGAGUCAAAGACCAGCAUAAAACCAGUAUGAAGAACAAGUAUGAGAGAUUAUUUGAAGGAAUGAAACUCCAAAAAAAUGAAACCCUCCUGAACAGGAUCUACACACAGCUCUACAUCAUAGAGGGAGAGAAUGAAGGAGUGAAUGAAGAACAUGAGGUUUUACAGAUGGAGAAAACAGCCAGAACAAAACACUCACAAGACACUCCGAUCUACUGCAAUGACAUCUUUAAAGCCUCACCUGAACCAGGAUGUGAGGAGAAAGACCAAAUCAAGACUGUUCUCACUAAAGGCAUUGCUGGAAUCGGAAAAACCGUCUCUGUGCAGAAGUUCAUUCUGGACUGGGCCGAGGGAAAAGCCAAUCAGGAUGUAGAUUUCAUGUUUGUGCUUCCAUUUCGAGAGCUGAACUUGAUCCGAGAUCAUCAGUACAGUCUUCACAGACUUCUGCUGGACUUGCAUCCUGAACUUCAACAUCUGGACUCAAAGCUGUAUGAGGAGUGUAAAGUUGUGUUCAUCUUUGAUGGUCUGGAUGAAAGCAGAAUCACACUGAUAUUUUCAGAUGCUCAGAAAGUUUGUGAUGUGACUGAGACUUCAUCGGUGGGUGAGUUGAUGUCAAAGCUCAUGAAAGGAGAGCUGCUUCCCUCUGCUCUCAUCUGGGUCACCUCCAGACCAGCAGCAGCCAAUCAGAUCCCCUCCAAAUACAUCAACCGUCUGACAGAAAUUCAGGGAUUCACUGAGCCUCAGAAGGAGGAAUAUUUCAGGAAGAGAAUCAGUGACCAGCAUCAAGCCAACAGAAUCAUCUCACACAUCAGAAGAGCAAGAAGCCUCCACAUCAUGUGCCACAUCCCCGUCUUCUGCUGGAUCUCAUCCACUGUGCUUCAGAAGCUCCUGGAAGAAGAUCUGAGUGCAGAAAUCCCUCAAACUCUGACUGAAAUGUACAUCCACUUCCUGUUGAUUCAGAUCAACAGGAAUCUGAGGUCUGAAGAGAGAGAUCCAAAGAAACUCUUGCAGUCCAACAGAGAAGUGAUUGUAAAACUUGCUGAAGUGGCUUUCAAACAGCUGAUGAAGGGCAAUGUGAUGUUCUAUGAGGAGGACCUGAUUGAGAGCGGCAUAGGCGUCACUGAAGCAUCAGUGAAUUCUGGGAUUUGCACUGAGAUCUUUAAGGAGGAAUCUGUGAUUCAUCAGAGGAAAGUCUACAGCUUCAUUCAUCUGAGUGUUCAGGAGUUUCUCGCUGCUUUCUAUGCAUUUUACCAUUAUGUAAUGAUACAUAUUGAUACAUUGCAGUUUUGUGAUGUUAUGCACAAUCUGCAUAGAGAUGCAGUAGAUAAAGCCCUUGCGAGUGAGAAUGGACACCUGGAUCUGUUCCUGCGGUUCCUGCUGGGCAUCUCACUGGAGUCCAAUCAGAGACUCUUACAGGAUCUACUGACACACACAGAGAACAGCUCAGAGAGCAUCAGGAGAACCACACAGUACAUUAAAGAGAAAAUCAAAGAUGGACAUGGACUCUCUGCUGAAAGAUCCAUCAAUCUGUUCCUUUGUCUACUGGAAGUGAAAGAUCAGACUCUGUCCAGAGAGAUUCAGGAGUUUGUGAAAUCAGACAAACACUCAGAGAAGAAACUCUCUCCUGCUCACUGCUCAACAAUCGCCUACAUGCUUCAGAUGUCAGAGGAGGUGCUGGAUGAGCUGGACCUCAAGAAAUACAACACAUCAGAUGAGGGGAGAAGAAGACUGAUACCAGCUGUCAUCAGCUGCAGAAAAGCCCUUCUUGCUGGCUGUAAUCUAGCUGUUCAGUCCUUUGACAUUGUGUUGUCAGCUCUUCAAUCCUCAAUCAAUGUUCUGAGAGAGCUGGAUCUGAGUAACAAUGACCUGCAGGAUUCAGGAGUGAAGCUACUCUCUGAUGGACUGAUGAGUCCAAACUGUCAGCUGGAGAUACUGAGGUUGUCAGGCUGUAUGGUGACAGAGGAAGGCUGUGGUUAUUUGUCUUCAGCUCUGUGUUCAAACCCCUCACACCUGAGAGAGCUGGAUCUGAGCUACAAUCACCCAGGACCAUCAGGAGUCCAUCUGCUCAAACACAGACUGGAGGAUCCAAACUGUUCACUGCAGAUACUCAAUUUGGACCACGGAGGACAUUUCAGAAUCAAACCAGCACUGAGAAAAUAUGCCUGUGAUCUCACACUGGAUCCAAACACAGCGCACACUCAACUCGUCCUGUCUGAAGAGAACAAAAAAACAACAUGUGUGAAAGAUCAUCAGCCGUAUCCUGAUCAGCCAGACAGAUUUGAGCAACAGGAGCAGGUUCUGUGUAGAGAGAGUCUGUCUGGACGCUGUUACUGGGAGGUUAAAUGGGAAGGCUCAGGUCAUGUAGCAGUGGCAUAUAAAGGAGUCGACAGGAAAAGUGGAAUUAACUGUUGGUUUGGACUCAAUGAAAAGUCCUGGAGUAUGUAUUGUUCUGAUACGACUUACACUGUCUGGUACAAUAAUAGCAACGAAGACGUAUCUGGCCCGUCAUCCCGCUCUAAUAGAGUAGGAGUGUAUCUGGACUGGUCAGCCGGCUCUCUGUCCUUCUACAGCGUCUCUGACACACACACACUCACACACAUACACACAUUCAACACCACAUUCACUGAACCCCUCUACGCUGGAUUCGGGGUUUAUCCUGAAUCUUCUGUAUCUCUGUGUCAGAUUUAACAACCUCUUGUGAGGAGACACAUACAGAAUGCAUGAAUUACACUUUGACUUUCAGGGUGGUUUUGCUUUUUUCAGUUUAGCUAGUUUUUGUAAUUCAUAUGUGUGAACCAAGUUCAUCCAAUUUAAUUCUGUUAGAUUGUAGUUAUUCUAUAAUAUGCAGGAGUAGUGAAGAUUUGUGUCUUACACAAUAUGAUGUUAAACAUUAAAUAUUAAAGAUCUCCCACAUAUCAUUAUGUGCAAAAACACGUGAAAUAAUCUUUGAUUUCUGCAUAUACUCUCCUUUAAUUGAGUUAACUUUUUCUAUUUAGUGCAAUGCGAUUUUACACUAAACUGCUGGCAGCAGAUUUGCCAGUAUAUGACCGUUUUUCUAGUUUUCUUGCCGUAAACUUAAUUUACAAUUUAUUAUUGUUAAAAUACAUUGCACGGAUGUGUCUUUUUAUUUUACACCUUUAACUCCUUUAAAUCCACUGCAAAAUCCUGGAGUGUGCACACUACAAAGAGUAAAAUUGUUUCAGUUAAUUAGAUGAUUAAGUAAAUAUUUAAGUGCUGAUUGAGCAUAAGUGAUGAACUGCUGCUGAUAACAAGCAGAAUCACCGAAGAAAAGAGAAACAACAAGAACAGGAAAAAAGAAAACCGCAAGAACUACUGACUUCAGUCGCAGCCUUAGAUGAGAUCAACUGAAAUAAAAGAAGACAUUAAAUCAUUAAAUGCUGUAACUCUGUUUAUAAGACACAUUUGUUAUUACAAGAAAAGCCAAAAGAAAAUGAGAUCAGGUGAUCUUGACCACUGCUGUCAUCCAGAGUCUGAUCUUUGAUUGUAAAGGGGAUGUAUUAAUAAUUUCAAACAACUGCUUACAGCAACUGUGUAGUACUACAUCAUGAGAUCCCGAAUUAUUGACAAUGAUAGUCUGAAAGAUUUUAAAAACACAUGUUUUGAGCCGCUGCAUCACUCAGACAAGCAUUGAUCAAGAAUCAGCAUCUGAAUCUCAACUCUGGUAACAAUCAGAAAGCUUCAUGUUGUAAUGCAUGCUGGGUGGCAGUGUAAUAAAGAACUCAUCCAUGAUACCCAGCAUGCAGUGCGGCAUGAAUAAAAUAUGCUGCCGCAUUGUCUUAUUUUCUUUAUAUGCUUUUAUUUUUGCUGUUGUUCUUGUGUUUUUUUUUUUGUUUAGUUUAGUUUUUUUAGCAGCUUUCUCAUGAUACUACAAAUGUCAGGUGUGUGGUCUCUCAGUCUGGCCGAAUCCAGGAGUUUGUGCGAGGAUUAUAAUGUUAAAUGUUGGGGGAAACUGUCUCUGAAAAUUGUAUAGUGUGUCACAGGCCUUAGAUAUUUAUGAUUUGGGAUUGUGCAGGCUCCAACACAAUCAGGAGCAGUAAAAUAAUUGCAAUGACACCACACAAUUGAGAUUUUAUUUGGACAAAAAGUAAUUUGCGACAAACCUCGAAUCAGGCCACGACAAUCAAAACUGUGUGUAUGUGACCGUUUUGGUGGGUUAAUAGUUGUGUUGAUGAUGACGGCUACUUCAGACUUUCUGUUUUGUGUUCUGUGUCAUUUGUCAGAUUAAAUGUUGAUCUAAACUUUUAUUUUGCUAAAUUAUUAAUUGAGGUAAAGAAAACAAAACAUACAGAAAAAAAAUAAAAACAUGGCAUCCCAAUAAUAUUAUGCAAUUUGUUUUUUAUUUUCUUUUUCUUUUAACAAGUAGAUGUUUCAGUAGACUAUUCUGUUCUGUUGUAUUUUCUCCUUUACUAAACUGUUUUAUCAGCAGUUUUAUUAUAUGACAUAUCUGUGCAUUAGACACUGGAAUAUCAUACACCUUUAUAUUUGAAAAACAUACAAUGCAAAUGAAGAGUUCAGAUGCAAAAGCCUCUAAUUGCCUAAAUUGUCUAAAUUAAAGUGAUUCAAUGUUGAUUCAA